GGUGACAGAAACACAAACAACCUUGGUUAUUAAGCAUUUGUCCUGUCAGUCUAUAACUACUGAAUCUGUUUCUUUCCCUUUGACUAUUUGGCCUGACAGAAUGAACACAGUUUGCAUCACUCAUUCUGGUCCAGCAAUGCAGCUCUCAGGCAGCUAAAUCAAACUUCGACAGAAGUGGCCCCCAGUCAAAGCAAGGCGAGUAUCCCUGGUGUAACGUCAAAGAGAUCCACCAGAGGGUGCUGCAGCUCCCUAACAGGCCACAGCUGGACCAGGAUUUGACAGAGAGAUACCAUCAUCUAAAAUGGGAUACCUGAGUAGACUACCUGACCUCAAUCGUUCUGGGGGAAACCAUCCUUCAUUCCCUGCAUGCAUUUCUCUGAACUCUACGGUGGCAGUGUGCAGCCACGGCUCUGCAGCGACCCACUCUAGUUCCAGUGAUGGCAGUGUCCAAGAAGAGUGAAAGGACAAAGAUAACUGCUCCUGCUGUCUACUUCUGUGUACCUAAUCCCCCUGGAGUCUGGAUGGUGCCAUUCAACGACAGCCACCAACACCGACAUGGCUCCUACAGUAUGUAGACGAACUGCUCCAGUGAUGGCUUGGGGUCUUCUCACCGCCUGUCCAUUUUUGGACUAAAGGCCUGCUGAGUGCCAAGGGAGACGGUCCUAUCCACAGAGACAGUCACUGUCACACUACUCAUCAUAAACUCCCCACUCUCCUUCUGUGUCUAAAGCAUCAGAAUAGCUGUGUGAGGAAAAUGGCAAGUCACAGAGACCCUCGCUUUCUGCACAACCUGUCCUACCACCCGCGAUGGCAGCACGACUCAAUAAAAGUGAAGAGGAAAGGACACGUGCGGACAGUGGUUGCAAAUAGUUGCAGUGGAUAUAGUCUGUUUAAAUCAUUAGCAGCUUCAUCAUCAAAACCACAGUUGCCAUCAUUCCCUGUGCAACGCUCCAGGAGCUGUGGGAACUGGCUACUUCUGCCCUUACUCAUGCUCUCAAUUCUGCCCUGUCAGGCCUGGGCGACCACUUUUAAGGUGGCCCUGGUUGGACCCUGGACGUGUGACCUAUUAUACUCCAAAGCCCUCCCUGAUUUGGCAGCCCGCCUGGCCACUGCUCGCAUAAACAAGAACCCCUACCUCAACAAAGGCUACUGGUAUGACUACACGCUGAUCAAUGAGGACUGCAAGUCAUCCCGUGCCCUAGCUCGCUUUGCUGAGCUGGAAGGUUAUGGUGCUGCUUUCCUGGGCCCCGCCAACCCAGGCUACUGUUCCUCAGCUGCUUUGUAUGCAAAAGAGUGGGAUGCUGGGAUCCUUUCCUGGGGCUGCCUCAAACCCAACAUGGAUAAAGGAGGGAUGUAUUCCACCUUCCUGCGACCGCUGCCACUGUCCUCCCGUGUACUCUUCACCGUGUUGCAGUACUUUAGUUGGGCCCAUGUGGCCAUAAUCUCAGAGGAGACAGAUGUGUGGGAAGCCACAGGACAGGAACUGGCCUCAUCACUGAGGGCCCUCGGCCUGCCUGUCAACCCUGUGGUCACUAUGGAGUCGGACAAGGACGGACCUAACAGAGCACUGACAAAAGUGCGGGAAGCAGACCGUGUCAGAGUGGUCAUCAUGUGCAUGCCCUCUGUCCUGAUUGGUGGCGAAGCCCAGUACCGGCUUCUGACAACAGCCUUGGCCAUGCGAAUGAUCGACCGUGGCUAUGUAUUCAUCCCCUACGACGCCCUCCUCUAUGCGCUGCCCUACAAAGAUGCGCCAUACUAUAUGCUAGGCAAUGACACCAAGCUGCGGAAAGCCUAUGAUGGGGUCCUCACCAUCACUAUGGACUCUGGAGAACGCAAUUUCUAUGAGGCCUUCAGAGACGCUCAAGACAGCUAUGAAAUCCGCAGCAGCACCCCACCAGAGCAGGUUUCCCCAUUUUUUGGCUCCAUCUACAACAUGAUAUACUACAUAGCUAUGGCUGCUGAGCAGGCCCGUGCCAAAGGAGGCCGCUGGGUAACUGGUCAGAUCCUGGGUAACAGCAAGGGCAGCUUUGAUUUCGAAGGCUUCAAUCAGCACCUGAGGUCUGGCAGGAACGGUGAAGGCAUGCUAGCUCGCUAUGUAGUGCUGGACUACAGUGGCAUGGGCAGCUCUCUCUACUCCACCCAUGUUCUGGAAGCUGCUCAUAUAUAUGGCGGGAUCGGGGGUUUAAAAUACCUCGGUCGUUCGAUCCAUUUCGCAGGCAGCACGCCCUACACCGACUCAGGCUGCUGGUUUAACCCAAACUUUGCCUGUAGUGGAGGCCUGGAUACAGUCACUCUCUUCUUUCUCUUCCUUCUGUUCGUUGCAAUCUUUGCAUGUGGACUCUACCUUUUUGUCAAUUUCAAGAGAACGGGCAGGGUUGGGUUCAGCCUUGGAGGUGGUAACGGUGGAUCAACGAAGGUAAUCCUGACCCUUGACGACCUGGUCUUCAUCAACACUCAAAUCAGCAAACGGAAGCUCAAUGAUGAAAGUAUCCUGAAAAGCCAGCUGGAUAUGAAGACACCUCACCACUCGGUAUCUGGUCGCAGCUACUUGGCCUCCUCACCAGACAGCUCCAAUGUUGCUGUGUUUGAGGGUGACUGGGUUUGGCUGAAGAAAUCCCCCACUGGAUCUGUGUCAAGUAUCAGCAGCAAUGCUGAGUAUAUCUUUAUCAGGCUCAGAGACAUGAGGCACGAGAACGUCAAUCUGUUCCUGGGGCUGUUCUACGACUCUGGGAUCUUUGGUGUUGUGACCGAGCACUGCUCCCGUGGCAGCUUGGAGGACCUGCUCAGCAAUGAGGACGUGCGUCUUGACUGGAUGUUCAAGUCUUCCCUUUUAAUGGAUCUGAUUCGGGGAAUGAAGUACCUGCACAAUCGCGACAUCGUCCACGGACGGCUGAAAUCCCGUAACUGUGUGGUAGACGGGCGCUUUGUGUUGAAGGUGACAGAUUAUGGGUUCAAUGAAAUUUUGAUUGCCCAGAGCAUUGACUCCGACGGGGAAAAGCCAGAGGACCUACUUUGGACAGCACCUGAGCUGCUGAGAAGCGCCAGUCUGAGAAGGAGGGGAACUUUCGCCGGAGAUGUCUACAGUUUCUCCAUCGUAGGGCAGGAAGUCAUCGCUCGCUCUGCACCUUUCUGCAUGCUGGACAUGCCUCCCAAGGAGAUUAUCAGCAAGGUCAAAGAGCCUCCUCCCUUGUGUCGGCCUGUCGUGUCAGUCGAUGAGGCCCCGCUGGAGGUGAUACAGGUGUUGAAACAGGCCUGGAGCGAAGAGCCAGAGAAGAGGCCGACCUUUGAGGAGGUCUUCAAACAAUUCAAGAACAUCACCAAGGGGAAGAAGACCAACAUCAUCGACUCUAUGCUUCGCAUGUUGGAACAGUACUCCUCCAACUUGGAGGAUCUGAUCAGAGAGAGGACGGAGGAGCUGGAGGUGGAGAGACAGAAGACUGACAGGCUGGUGGCUCAGAUGUUGCCCAAGUCUGUGGCCCAGGCACUGAAGACGGGCAAGCCUGUCAAACCCGAGCAUUUCAACGAGGCCACGCUGUACUUCAGUGACAUCGUGGGCUUCACCACCAUCUCAGCUCUCAGCGAACCCAUCGAGGUGGUCGAUUUACUCAACGACCUCUACACACUCUUUGAUGCUAUCAUUGGACUGCAUGAUGUCUACAAGGUGGAAACUAUCGGAGAUGCCUACAUGGUAGCCUCGGGAGUCCCCUCUAGGAACGGCAACCGCCAUGCAGCUGAGAUGGCCAACAUGUCUCUUGACAUCCUCCACUGCAUCGGUACCUUCAAGAUGAGGCACAUGCCUGAACUGAAGGUCAGGAUCCGUAUCGGCCUGCACUCUGGCCCAGUGGUAGCGGGAGUAGUGGGUCUCACAAUGCCUCGGUACUGUCUGUUUGGAGACACUGUCAACACAGCAUCUCGAAUGGAGUCCACGGGGUUGCCUUACAGAAUCCAUGUCAACCAAAGCACAGUUGAUGUCCUGAACAGCUUGAAGCUGGGAUACAAAAUUGAUGUCCGAGGCAUGACAGAGUUAAAGGGAAAAGGGAUUGAGAACACAUACUGGUUGGUAGGAAGAGAGGAUUUCAGCAAGGCACUGCCUAUUCCUCCAGACCUUCAAGGGGGGAGCAAUCAUGGUAUCUCUUUAGAGGAGAUUCCUCCUGAUAGAAGACAAAAAUUCCUGGAUCGUCAGAAGAAGAUGGGCUAGGCUGAUUUUUCUUUCUUUUUUUUUUUUUUUUUUACUGAUGUCCCAGAAUGGAAAGUGAUAUUUUCUCGCUCAACGUUUGUCAGAGAAUACCCUACACAUACAGAGAUGUGUAGGGGAAAAGCUGAACAUGCAACAUCCAACCACCAUCAUUCGUGCCACGCUCAGUAUGAAAUCCAGCACCAGCGACAAGGGGAUUCACACUUUCUGGAAAUCAUUUCUAUACUAAAAUAAUCUUUACUGUAGAUGAGGCAACUGUCCGUAUUGUAUUUGUUCAGCAGAAAGCAAAACAUGCAUACCGAGGUGUAGAGGACAGCAAUCGCCUGACAAGAGGGACUGUGGAUGUGUGUACAGAAACGAUCACAGUAUCAUGUGUGAUACCGCUGUACUUCAUGUACUGUAUGUAUUUGUACUGAUCUUUGUGCUUUGUAGAAACAUGGGAGAGAUUCUGUCAUGAGCAUCCCAAGGGUGGAAGCUAUUACCGCUCGACUAUUCAUCUCGGGUAUAAUGGAGCACUCACUUUAGGAGCAGUAGCCUUUUACAACAAUUUAGAAUUAAUACAUUAAAACGUUUUCACAGUAAUUUAAGCUUGAAAGCAGCGCAGAGGUC